GCAGCAGUGUUCUCUGUCCCCCCCUACAAUGACCUCUUCCUCUUGUUUCUGUCUCUGCAGGAGGCCUUGAGAAUGGCAGCUGAGAAUGACUCUUUACCAGAAUUCAUUCUUGCAGGCCUGACAGAUCAGCCAGGACUCCGCCUGCCUCUCUUCUUCCUGUUUCUAGGUUUCUACAUGGUCACCGUAGUGGGGAACCUGGGCUUGAUCACUCUGAUAGGGCUGAACUCUCAUUUACACACCCCGAUGUACUUUUUCCUCUUCAACUUGUCUUUCAUAGAUUUCUGCUAUUCCACUGUUAUCGCCCCCAAAAUGCUGGUGAGUUUUGUCUCGAAGAAAAACAUCAUCUCCUACCCUGGGUGUAUGACUCAGCUCUUUUUCUUUCUUUUCUUUGUUGUCUCUGAGUCCUUCAUCCUGUCAGCAAUGGCAUAUGACAGGUAUGUCGCCAUCUGUAAUCCUCUCAUGUACACCGUGACCAUGUCUCCCCAGGUGUGCUUGCUCCUUCUGCUAGGGGUUUAUGUGAUGGGAUUUUCUGGAGCCAUGGCCCACACAGCAUUCAUGGUGAGACUGACCUUCUGUGCUGACAGACUUAUCAACCACUACAUGUGUGACAUCCUUCCUCUUCUGGAGCGCUCUUGCACCAGCACCUAUGUGAAUGAGCUGGUAGUUUUCAUUGUCGUGGGCAUUGAUAUUGGGGUACCCACAAUCACCAUCUUCAUUUCGUACGCUGUCAUCCUCUCUAGCAUCCUUCGCAUCAGCUCCACAGAGGGCAGGUCUAAAGCCUUCAGCACCUGCAGCUCCCACAUCAUCGCAGUUUCUCUUUUUUUUGGCUCAGGAGCAUUCAUGUAUCUCAAACCGUCUUCCCUUUUGCCUAUGAACCAGGGGAAAGUGUCCUCCUUGUUUUACACCAUAGUGGUACCCAUGCUCAACCCAUUAAUCUAUAGCUUGAGGAAUAAGGACGUCAAAGUUGCUCUGAAAAAGACAUUGAAGAAAAGUUCGCUUUCCUAAGAAAGUGGAAAUGUUUUGAAGAGUCAUUCCU